AGUAUGACUCAACGGUAAAUUAGGAAGCUUCUUUCUCACAUAAUUUGUGGUGAAUAUCACUGCUGUGCCGUGUGACGGUGCACCUCGCGUUAUUACCUGCUAUUACACAAUCGUCUAAAAUUUAUUUUUCUGAUGGCAUCUCCCGCUCCAAAAUCACCUGAAUUAUCUGAAAAAACUCGAAAAUACGAUAGACAGCUGAGAUUAUGGGGUGAUCACGGACAAGCAUGCUUAGAGACUGCUCAUAUCUGCGUUAUAAAUGCCACUGGGCUUGGUACAGAGAUACUGAAAUCACUAGUACUUCCAGGUAUUGGAGCCUUUACCAUAGUUGAUGGCAAGAAGAUCACAGAUGAGGAUAUAGGAGCUAACUUCUUUCUAGAAGCAGACAGUAUUGGGAAAUCAAGAGCCCAGGUGGCUACGCAAAUGCUUUUGGAACUGAAUAUUGAUGUAACUGGUGAUUUUAUUGAUGAGGAGCCUGAACAAAUCUUAUCCAAUAGUCCAGAUUUUUUCAACAACUUCACAGUAGUAGUUGCUACCUCACUGAGUGAGAAAACAUUGAUCCUAUUAUCGAGAAGACUUUGGGAACUAAAUAUUCCCUUGAUAGUAUGCAGGAGUAUAGGAUUUAUAGCUUACAUGCGAGUUCAAGUAAAGGAACACACAGUUGUUGAAACACAUCCAGACAACGAAACAUUGGAUCUUCGCCUUGACAAACCGUUUGACAGUCUAAAAAAGCAUCUGGAUUCCGUGGAUCUUGACGAAAUGAACUUCAAGGACCAUUCUCACUUACCAUAUUUAAUCAUUUUGUACAAAUACCUGGAGCAAUGGAUCUGUCGUCACGGCACGUUACCGAAGACUUACAAGGAGAAGCAACAGCUCAAGCGAAUGAUACAGAAUGGUAUGAGACGCGAUGAGCAUGAUACCUCUAAUAUCGAGGAGAAUUUUGAGGAAGCUAUAAAAGCUGUGAAUACGAGCAUCAAAUCGAGCGAUAUACCCGACAAUGUUAGAAACAUAUUAAAUGACGAUUGUUGCAUUAAUCUAACAGCAAAGAGUAGUCCUUUCUGGAUUAUCGCGAAGGCGGUGCGUGAUUUCAUUGAUAACGAAGGCAGCGGAUUACUGCCACUCAAAGGCGCUCUGCCUGACAUGACUGCAGAUACUGAAAAAUACGUUACUCUCCAACAAAUUUAUCAUAAGCAAGCAUCGGCGGACGCAGAAGCUGUAUGGCGGCGCACUUUGCAGUUGCUACGUCAAUUAGGAAAACCGUCGGACUCGAUUCUGGAGAAGGACGUGAAAAUGUUCUGCAGACACGCAACAGACAUUCACGUGGAGAGAGGAAGUUGCAUCGCGGACGAAUACGAUCCCAAAGUUUGUGAUACUAAUACCAUAGUUCAAAAUUUAGAGAAUCCCGAAAGUAUGAUGAUUUACUACGUUAUACUCCGUGGGGUAGAUAAAUUCCAAGCGGAGUAUAAUUCAUAUCCUGGUGAGUUCGAUGAUCAAGUGGAGCCUGAUAUCGUAAAGCUCAAGACAUGCCUAACGAAAUUGUUAAGUGAAUGGGGAUGCGGACCGUUAGCUAAAGACGAUUACGUGCAUGAGUUUUGCAGAUUCGGUGGCGCGGAGUUGCACUCCGUCUCGGCAUUUUUGGGUGGCCUCGCGGCGCACGAAACUAUCAAAUUUAUCACAAAUCAGUAUAAACCUAUUCACAACACCUUCAUCUACGACGCCGUCUCCUCGAACUCCGGAACAUUCUUUUUCUAAGACAAGCUGUUAUAUGGAAAAAAUAUAUUUGUGUUCAAAUUAAAGUGAUAAUACAAUUUUGUAGUGCAUAUUAAUUUUACGGAUUCUUUAACUAUUUCAGAUUAUAAGACAGUUUCCUAUUCUAA